AUGGCAUGGCCCAAUCCAUUUCGCCGGCGGGACGAGAACACGAGGACAUGCUGGGGUUACACGUUUCAACUGACUCCAGAGCAUAUGACACUGGAGCAGUCCCAUCCCCUCAAGCACUCAUAUGAUGUGUUGGGUGAAGAGUGCCUCGACAUACUCAACGAAUUGUCGCCACCAGAUCCUCGGCCAUCUAAUCGACCGUCAGAAGGUGCCCCGCCAUCCACAUCAGACCAGGAACUCAAACCCUCUUCCUCUGACAAGCCCGCCAAACCCAGGCGCGACCUCUACGCCCUCCUCGUCUCUCGCAAGGACUCCCACCCCAAGCUCAAGCAGCUCUACGACGAUGCUGCCAGCCCACCCUUCCCUGUAGACUGGGAGCAGAUCGCCCGAGGCCAAGACGUCUUCUAUCGGUAUGGAGGCGCCAACUUGACAGGCCUCGCCUACCAAUCUCUCCUUGGAGGCAUGGGCGCCGCCCGCGUGGUCGAGACCCUCACCCGCACAGGCGGCUUCAAUGUGCGCGUGGCGCGACACCGCCUCUUCGAAACCACGCAGCACAUCCUCGAAUGCACACGGGACCUGCCCUCAAUCCAAGCGGGUGGCGACGGCUUCGCCUCCUCGCUGCGCGUCCGGCUCCUGCACGCCGCAGUGCGCAAACGCAUCCUGACCCUGACAGCCAGCCAUCCGAGCUACUACUCGGUAGCCGAGUACGGCAUCCCGAUCAACGACCUCGACUGCAUCGCCACCAUCGCCUCCUUCAGUGCCACGCUGCUCUUCAUCAGCCUGCCCCGGCAGGGCCUGUGGGUCACGGCGCAGGAAGCCGCCGACUACACAGCGCUGUGGCGGCUGAUCGCGCACUACACGGGCACGCCGACGGAACCCUUCGCGACACCGGCCAAGGCCAAGGCCGCCAUGGAAUCGCUGCUGCUGCACGAGAUCCGGCCCUCGCCCACGUCCCGCGUCCUGGCCAACAACAUCAUCCGCGCUCUGGAGAAUACGCCGCCCGCGUACGCGUCCCGCUCCUUCCUCGAGGUCAACGCCCGCUGGAUGAACGGGAACGAGCUCUGUGACGAGCUGGGCCUGGGGCGGCCGUCGCCUUGGUAUUGGGUGCUCAUGACAGGCCAGUGUCUGUUUUUCAUGGGCGUGUGCUACUUCUACCGCAGUUUUGAAGCGUUGGAUCGCCGGAAGGUGAAAGGGCUGCGCAGGGUGUUCUGGGCUUUUAUUGUGGAGGGCAAGAGCGGGCUGGCGGGCGAGAAGAGCGCGUUUGAGUUCCAGUGGGUGCCGGAUCUGGGGAAAGGGACCGAGGCAGGGCGUGAGGAUGAAGUGUCUGACAGAGGAGAGAGCGGAGUGGAGGCUAGAAGCUUGCGGACGCUGGCUGUCGCGCUGGUCGGGCUUGGGGCGCUCUCAUGGGUGGGUGUAAAAGUUGUGGGGAGGUUGUCGGCAAUGAUCUGGUAG